GCCCAAUGGGUUCUCCAAAAAAAACCGGAAUCAUAUCCCAAACUCCUUCCUCCCUCUGGGUCUUGAGGUACAAAACCCUAAUUACCGCUUCGAGCUCUGUCAUUGUCUCAAGUUCCAGGUUUCAGCGAUUUCGAUCUCGCAUAGCAUUCUGCAAUGGCCACUAUUCCAGUUAACCCCAAGCCUUUCUUGAACAAUUUGACUGGGAAGCCCGUAAUUGUGAAACUCAAGUGGGGAAUGGAGUACAAGGGCUAUCUCGUUUCCGUUGAUUCCUACAUGAACUUGCAGCUGGCCAACACUGAAGAGUACAUUGAGGGACAGUUUACUGGAAAUUUGGGAGAGAUUUUAAUCAGAUGUAACAAUGUUCUCUACCUUCGAGGAGUACCGGAGGAUGAGGAAAUCGAAGAUGUUGCAGAAGACUAGAUAGUGAUAAAAGCUGCUAAUGGCUAUGACAUAAAAUGAACUCGAAUUUUCUACUGUUUUUGUAUCUUAACUUAAAUGUAGGUUUUUUUGUAGUUAUGUGUAGAGAUUUGAAAUGAUGCACUCGCUUGUGUAUAGGGUGCCUAUGUUCAAGUUGUCUGUUAUUUUAUUUUCAUGCUUCUGAAUAUGUUAUUUCUCUGUUUAUGUAAUAAUCAAUAUCAUUUGAACACAUCGAUAAGUCGUCCUUAAUCAUACUCCUA